AUGGCUAGCGACUAUAGCGCAAGCCAAUUUGUGUCCACAAACACAUGUGCAGCAAGUGCAGCUAGCUCCUCACGCUGGCUAACAGAGGAAGUCUUCAAGUUGAUCGAUAUUGUGCAACGCGAUGAGGCCAUCUACAAUCCCCGACACAAAUAUUACUUUUGCCGGCCAUAUGUGGAGAACUUUUGGCGUGAAGUGGACUUAAAGUUGGAAAAGAAUCCCGGCGCUAGCCUUGCCAAAUGGACAAAUCUGCGCAUUUCAUUUCGACGCGAGUACACAAACUACUUGGAAGAGAAAGUGCCGCCGUGCUGGUCGUACUUUGAUCGCAUGUUCUUUCUGCAUCCAUACUUGCGCAAAAAGCAUCAGCAGCCCAAAUCGCUGGAUACCCAGGUUCAAGAUGCACUAGCGCACCUGACCAGCCUCUCAAGUCGGAUGCAGCGGGAACGGUCAGUUAAUACGUGCACAGCGGCCAAUACCACAAAUACCAACAGCACAGCUCAGGUGAAUCCCAGCAAUGCUGUCCACUCGGCACAGCAGUCGCCGCAGCAGCAACAGUUGGACAAUUAUUUGGAUUAUUUUGAUGAUCACGAUAACAACAACUCGGAGCUCGAUGAGAUUAUUGAUGAGGAGCACCGGGCACGUUUCCAAAAUCAUACGCUCGACAACAAUGACAUCAAAUCGGAGAUGAGGAUGAGCAUGAGCACGAAGAGCAUGAAAUGCGCACUCUGCCAUAUGAUGCGACGGUAA